UAUGCAGUACAGUCGGAUCGGGUGCAGCUCAUCGAGAAAUCGAGAGUUAAAUAUCACGUUUCAUCGAUACUGCAGACGUGAGUCUCCAGAUGUAGCUGUCGCGCGCGGACCACGCUAAGGGAGCGUCUUUAAAGAGAUGUGCUAGAAAAUAAACGUGGAGGUGCGUAGCAGCCACAGUGAAGCUGAAGGGAUGCCUGCAGCAGACAGUAACCAUGCACAGCGCGUCCUGUCCUCCCUGAACCAGCAGAGGGCAAUAGGCAAGUUUUGUGAUGCAGCGCUGAACGUGGGAGGCGGGAUGGUCUACCUCGCCCAUCGCAACAUCCUCGCCUGUUUCAGCGAACUGUUCCAGCAGCCCAACAACACGCCCGCCUCCCCCAGCAUGGAGUUCUACCUGCAGGGGUGCCCCAACGACGGCCUGGAGCUGCUGCUGAACUUCGUCUACACCGGAGAGCUCAAGUUGGGUCCCGACAACCUGGACAAGGUGCAGCAUGCAGCGACCAGCCUGUGCGUAACGGAGGCCCUCACACUUUGUCAGCAGUUCAAGGAAAACUCUGUGGAUCCUGUGCCUGUGAAACGUAAACGAGGCAGACCGAGGAAGUCUGCAUCAGAUACAGCCUCAGUGAAAGAGGAGAACCAGGUUGCAGUCACUAAAGAUGACUCCAGCCUUGAUACAGCUACCGCUGCCGCCACCACCACCACCACGCGUUCUGGUCGGGUAGUGAAGGGCCCCAAGCGACUGGUGACUGUUGACGAGGGCCACACCUCUGACAGCAAAAGGGCCACAAAUAUUCCUGUGGAGAAAGAAAGCGGGGAAGCUGUUUCGGAGAACCAAAACCAUGAUCAGCCAGCAGGAGAAACUGAGGUAACAGAGCUACAGAUUGACACAAAUGACAACGGUGUUGGCCAGAUAACUGCAGAGGCAGCAGCAAAAGAAGAAGAAGAAGGAGAAGAAGAAGAAGGAGAAGAAGAAGAAGAAGAUGUGGGAGAGUAUGAGGGCCUCAUUGAGGACACAGAUGAGGAAUACGUCCCCGUUGCUAAGCCCACUUCUUCCCCUCCAUCCACGUCCACGGCACAGAAGCGAAAGAGUAAAACAAACAAAAACAAGACCGGUGAGGCUGUGGAGGAAGAUUCUAAGAAGGACACAGUGCAGUGUCCCACCUGCGACAAAUCCUUCAAAAGCAAAUACUACCUCAAAGUCCAUAACAGGCGACAUACAGGAGAGAGGCCCUUUGGUUGCCUCAAAUGUGGGAAGCGGUACUUCAGGAAGGAGAAUCUCUUAAUACACGAGAUCAGAGAUUGUGCGAAAGUGCAGACAUACACCUGCCCGACAUGCUCCUUAACAUUUACUGCAAAAGAAGAGCUACGUCUGCAUGUUGUCUCCCACACAGGAGAUAUGCCCCACAAGUGUUCGACAUGUCCUGAGCAGUUUAUGUACAAGAAAAACUUGACACUUCACAUGAUGAAGGUCCAUGGUUAUCCCAAACCGCACGCAUGUCCCCAGUGUCCCAAAACCUUCCUAACUCGGACGGAACUACGUGUGCACGAGGCGGCCAAACAUCGAGGUGAAAAGCCAUUUGUGUGCGAGGAAUGUGGCCACCGAGCAUCUAGUCGAAACGGCCUGCAGAUGCAUAUCAAAGCCAUUCACAGAAACGAGCGCCCUUUUGUAUGUAGCCUCUGUGGCCACGCGUUCUCCCAGAAGAACAACCUCAACAUGCAUCUGCGCAUACACAGCGGAGAGAGGCCCUUCCAGUGUCACCUCUGUGGGAAAACCUUCAGGACGCAAGCCAGUCUGGAUAAACACCACCGGACACACACCGGCGAGCGUCCCUUCAGCUGCGAUGUUUGUGAGCAGCGCUUCACGGAGAAAGGCGCCCUCAUCCGCCACAAGGCCAGCAAGCACGAGGAAGGCCGCCCUCACUGCUGUCACAUAUGUGGCAAAACCUUCAAAGCGAGGGAGCAGCUACGUGUCCACCUGCGUCGCCAUAAAGGCAUGAGGAAGUUUGAGUGCAUCGACUGCGGCUACAAGUUCACUCGACAGGCGCAUCUGCGACGACACCUUCAGAUCCACAAACGCACUGAGAACUACAGCCCGAGGCAGAGGAAGCUGAGGAACGUGGUCGUGGAGGAUGUGGAAGGAAGUCCGGGAGAAAAUGAAGCUGAAAAAUCAGUGGAAGCCUCACUGAUCGCCGAUGGGACGGGUUACGUCUCAGAGACAGCCAUUGUCCAGGAGUCUACAAACCCAGAGUCCUCGACAGGCCUCCCCUCUGGCUGCAUAGUGAGGGUGGUGAUCGGGUCGGGGGAGGCGGUGAUGGAGGAGGUGGUGUCCAACCAGAACCUGGUCCAUCACGUCGAGGCAGCCGAAAGUUUCUCUGUGCCCGAGGUGUUGCAGCGAACACAGCUGGUCACUGAGGCGUACCAGUCACCGAUUGACAUGGAGGGAAUCGUUGAGAAUUUAUCAGAGAGUAAGACCUGAAGAGACUGUCUGCAACACCAGCCUCCUUAUCUACACAUGGUUCAAACACA